AUAAUUCAUUGAGAUGAUAUACUGAUGCUGAGUAACUAUACACUAUACACUUUAUUGUAGUGAGAGUAAGCACGAACGUUAGCAGUUGGAAACUGCAAGUGUGAGCAAUUUAGCAUUAAGUACGUAAAAGGUCUAAUAUGGCUAGUCUGGUUAGAUACAUAAUACAAAAAUAUCCAAACAUACAAAAAUGGGCAUAUAAUGCUAGUGGAUUUAAUAAGUAUGGUAUGAAAUAUUCAUAUAUUAUUUUUUUAUGUUUAUAUAAAGAUGACCUUUUGUGGGAGGAUGAAGUUGUAUUAGAAGCAUUACGGCGAUUACCGCCUCAUUUAGUAGAAGAACGUAAUUUCCGAAUUAUCAGAGCCACACAGUUAGAUGUUGAACAUAAGAUUUUACCAAAAGAACAAUGGACUAAAUGGGAAGAGGAUGUAGAAUACCUUACACCCUAUGUAGAGGAAGUAAGAAGAGAACGAGCAGAGAGAGCAAAAUGGGAUGCAGAGUAAAUUAUAAUAAUGUAGUAAUAAAUAUAUUCAUCUUACACUUAAAUUGUAAUUUCAAGAUAUUGGUUUGUGUAUAUAGCAUACAGAUAUUAAAUAAACUAUCUUUAGGCACUUAAA